CCAACCGCCCCAGCCCUGUCUCGAGGUUUCAAAGAUCCUCGAUUUCCUUGACACCUCAGAUCAGAAAGACAAGCUACUCAAGAUGCCUAAAGGCAAGUGGAUCGACAAGCGCACGGCGCAACACUUCACCCUCGUCCAUCGACCACAAAAUGACCCUCUCAUUCACGACGAUGAGGCUCCCUCCAUGGUGCUGAACCCGACGCAGAAGCAACCUGGAUCAUCGAAGAAGGGAAAGCAGCUCGAUGACCUCGCCUCUGAGUUCGGUUCCGAGGCUGCGGACAUUCGCGCCAAUGAGGGCGAGGCGGCGAACUACGGCAUCUACUACGACGACAGCGAGUAUGACUACAUGCAGCACAUGCGCGACCUCAACGCUGGUUCAGGAGGCGACGUGGUAUUUGUCGAAGCGAAGUCCACCGGCAACCUGAACAAGGGCAAACAAAAGCAGUCGCUUGCCGAUGCGCUCAAAGACAUGGAUCUCGAAGGGGGCUCGCAAGUUGACGUGGAUGAGGAAAUGCUACCAUCCAAGAACUUGACGAGGUUGACAUACGAAGCACAACAGGACGUCCCGGACUCAAUAAAGGGCUUCCAACCCGACAUGGACCCCAGGUUACGAGAGGCGCUUGAGGCACUGGAGGACGAGGCCUAUGUUGAUGAGGAUGACGACGACGUCUUCAAGCAGUUGACAAAGGAUGGCGAGGAACUUGAGGACUACGAAUUCGACGACUAUGAAGACGAUGGCUACGAGUCUGACGAUACUGCCAGACCCAAUAAGGAGUACAACGACGACGCGCCACAGUUGGUGCCAACGCAAGGCGAGCAGCCUGAGGAGGGACCCUCGCAAGACUGGCUGGAGGACUUUAAGCAAUUCAAGAAGGAACAGAAGACUGGGCGCGUGCUUCCGCCAGGUGCACCCUCAGAGCUCCAGUCGGCCUGGACCACGACUACCAACGGGGGCAAACGCAAGAAGCGCAAGGGCGCACUGACCGACGCGUCAAGCUACUCCAUGACUUCGUCCUCCAUGGUGCGAACGGACCAGAUGACACUGCUGGAUGCGCGGUUUGACAAGAUCGACGAAGCGUACAAUGAGGACAUGGACGACAUGGCGUCUGUAUCGCAGGCGUCAGGCAUGUCGACGGUAGACGGGCCUACGAGAGGUGAUUUUGACAACAUCUUGGACGAUUUCCUCGGCAAUUACACAAGGCCGUCAAAGAGGACGAACAAGAAGACAAAGGCGCAGACUGGCUUGGAGCAGUUGGAGGAGAUCAGGCAAGGUCUCGGACCAGCGCGCUUUCGCAGUCUGGGGAAACCGAUCACAGGGCCCAAGUCGAAACCUAGCCCUUUUAGUUAGACUGGACAAAAUUUAAUGAAUCAACGAUGACUGCAAAAUUGGAUGGCUGGGAGUGCUGUCACUGUCCCAACAGACCCUGUUCAUCGGCCUGGUAUCACUAGCGACAUGGAACGAUGGUGAUUGGUGACACCUCAAAAGAAUAAGACUGAAACGAUAGCGGCCGAUAUCUAUAAACGACCUCAUGAUUCGAAUUUUCAAUUGAAGUCUCGGUGCAUUGACUCUGGCAGUGUCCGCAGUCGCAGAGUC